AUGUCGAAUCUCGAGCCGGCACCUCAGACGCUAACUCGGCGGCCGUCGAGAAGCGCCGCCAUGACCACCUUCUCGACGGAGGUUUUCGACAACGAAGUCGUCCCCUCCUCACUCGCUUCCAUCUCUCCUAUUCUCCGUGUGGCCAAUGAGAUCGAAAGCGAACGCCCUAGGGUUGCCUAUCUUUGUCGGUUCUAUGCGUUCGAGAAGGCGCAUAGGUUGGAUCAGAGCUCCAGUGGGCGUGGUGUGAGACAGUUUAAGACGCUGUUGCUGCAGCGAUUGGAGAGGGACAAUGCGUCCAGUCUUGCAGCUCGUCUUAAGAAGACAGAUGCAAGGGAAAUCCAGGCUUAUUAUCAGCAAUAUUAUGAGCAUUAUGUCAGAGCUCUUGACCAAGGAGAGCAGGCUGAUAGAGCACAGCUUGGUAAAGCUUACCAGACUGCUGGGGUUCUUUUUGAAGUGCUUUGUGCCGUUAAUAAGACUGAGAAGGUCGAAGAAGUAGCUCCUGAGAUUAUUGCGGCUGCAAGAGAUGUCCAGGAAAAGACGGAGAUUUAUGCUCCUUUUAACAUUCUUCCAUUGGAUUCUGCUGGGGCUUCUCAGCCUAUUAUGCAGCUUGAAGAGAUUAAGGCAGCCGUUUCUGCGCUCUGGAAUACUCGUGGAUUGAACUGGCCUAGUUCAUUCGAGCAGCAUAGGCAGAGAACUGGAGAUUUGGAUCUGCUUGAUUGGCUUAGAGCCAUGUUUGGGUUCCAGAGGGACAACGUCAGGAACCAGAGAGAGCACUUGAUUCUGCUUCUUGCUAACUCUCACAUAAGGCUACAGCCCAAACCUGAGCCUCUCAAUAAGCUCGAUGAUCGCGCUGUUGAUGCAGUUUUGAAUGAUCUUUUUAAGAAUUACAAAAAUUGGUGUAAUUUUUUGGGACGAAAACAUAGUUUACGACUCCCUCAAGGUCAGCAAGAGAUACAACAGAGGAAGUUACUUUAUAUGGGCUUGUAUCUUCUUAUAUGGGGUGAAGCAUCCAAUGUUCGCUUCAUGCCAGAAUGCCUAUGCUACAUAUUUCACAAUAUGGCAUAUGAACUUCACGGGUUAUUGGCUGGAAAUGUCAGCAUUGUUACCGGUGAAAACAUCAAGCCUUCUUAUGGUGGUGAUGAUGAGGCAUUCCUGCGCAAGGUUAUAACUCCCAUAUACCGAGUAAUUGAAAAGGAAGCUGAGAAGAGCGGAGAUGGAAAGGCUCCUCACUCAGAUUGGUGCAACUAUGAUGAUCUAAAUGAGUAUUUCUGGUCACCUGAUUGCUUUUCUCUUGGGUGGCCCAUGCGUGAUGAUGGUGAAUUUUUCAAGUCAACAUAUAAUUUGGCACAGGGAAGAAAGGGUGCUCCGAAAAAACCUGGAAGAACUGGUAAAUCAAAUUUUGUUGAGACACGGUCAUUCUGGCACAUCUUCCGCAGUUUUGAUCGUCUUUGGACCUUUUAUUUACUGGGUUUGCAGGUGAUUAUCAUUAUUGCAUGGAAAGGGAUUUCAUUGAUGGAUAUCUUUGAGAAAAAUGUCUUAUAUAAUCUCUCUAGCAUAUUCAUCACAGCAGCCAUCCUCCGCUUUCUUCAAAGUAUCUUGGACCUGGUUCUGAACUUUCCAGGCUAUCAUCGCUGGAGAUUCACCGAUGUGCUACGAAAUAUUCUUAAAGUCAUUGUUAGUCUUUUUUGGGCUAUUGCUCUUCCACUCUUAUAUGUGCAUUCCUUCAAGGGUGCCCCUGCGAUUAUUCAGAAGUUGCUUUCCUUUAUUCAUCAAACAAAGGGGCUUCCACCAUUGUAUAUCUUGGCAGUUGCGGUGUAUCUGCUUCCAAAUUUACUAGCAGCUGUUCUCUUUCUUUUCCCAAUGCUCAGGCGUUGGAUUGAAAACUCAGACUGGCACAUAGUUAGAUUCCUCUUAUGGUGGUCACAGCCAAGAAUCUAUAUUGGAAGAGGAAUGCAUGAAAGUCAAUUUACUCUCAUAAAGUACACUCUUUUCUGGGUGAUUCUUUUGGCUGCGAAAUUUUCUUUCAGCUAUUUUGUCCAGAUCAAACCUCUAGUUCAACCAACUAAGGACAUAAUGAGCAUUCGACAUAUUGAUUUUGCUUGGAAUGAGUUUUUCCCCCAUGCUCAACAUAACUAUGGUGCAGUUGUUGCGCUCUGGGCUCCCGUAAUUAUGGUUUAUUUCAUGGACACUCAAAUUUGGUAUGCCAUCUUCUCAACUGUGUCUGGUGGUGUUACUGGAGCCUUUGACCGUCUAGGAGAGAUACGCACUCUGAGCAUGCUAAGGUCACGGUUUCAGUCAUUGCCUGGUGCAUUCAACACAUACUUGGUUCCUACUGACAAGAAACAGAAAAACAAAUUCUCUUUCUCAAAGCGAUUUGCUGAGAUUUCUACAAGUCGAAGGAGUGAAGCUGCUAAGUUUGCCCAAUUAUGGAAUGAAAUUAUUUGUAGUUUUCGUGAGGAAGAUAUCUUAAGUGAUAGGAAAGGCCUCAAAAUGGAUCUUUUGUUGGUUCCUUACUCAUCAGAUCCUAGCCUUAAAAUAAUUCAGUGGCCACCGUUUCUGCUUGCAAGCAAGAUUCCAAUAGCUCUGGAUAUGGCAGCCCAAUUUCGAGGAAGGGACUCUGAUCUUUGGAAGCGCAUAUGUUCCGAUGAAUACAUGAAGUGUGCUGUGAUUGAAUGCUAUGAAUCUUUUAAAAAUGUCCUGCAUACUUUGCUGGUUGGAGAAGCUGAAAAAAGGACAAUCUCUGUCAUCAUUAGGGAAGUCGAAAGCGCCAUAUCUAAGAAUACACUUCUUACAAAUUUCCGAAUGGGAUUUUUGCCUUCCCUAUGUAAGAAAUUCGUGGAGCUUGUGGAGAUCUUGAAAAAUGCAGAUUCAUCAAAGCGAGAUACAGUGGUGGUCUUGUUGCAAGACAUGUUAGAAGUGUUUACUCGUGAUAUGAUGGUGAAUGAGAUCAGUGAAUUGGCAGAAAUUAAUCAUAGUAGUAAGGAUAGUGGAAGGCAACUUUUUGCUGGUACUGAUGCAAAACCUGCUGUCCUAUUCCCUCCUGUGGUUACAGCACAAUGGGAGGAACAAAUUAGACGUCUUUAUUUACUCUUAACGGUGAGGGAAUCUGCUAUUGAGGUUCCCACAAACCUUGAAGCGCGCAGAAGAAUUGCAUUCUUUUCCAAUUCGUUGUUCAUGGACAUGCCACGUGCUCCACGCGUUCGUAAAAUGCUCUCAUUCAGUGUCCUAACUCCAUACUACAGUGAAGAGACUGUCUAUUCAAAGAAUGACCUUGAGGUUGAAAACGAAGAUGGUGUGUCAAUCAUAUAUUACUUGCAGAAGAUCUUCCCUGAUGAGUGGAAUAACUUCAUGGAGCGACUUGAUUGUAAGAAAGAUAGUGAAAUAUGGGAGAAAGAUGAGCAUAUAUUGCAGCUACGGCACUGGGCCUCGUUACGAGGACAAACUCUUUCCAGGACAGUUAGAGGAAUGAUGUACUACCGACGGGCUCUUAAGCUCCAAGCUUUUCUUGAUAUGGCUAAUGAAAAGGAGAUACUUGAUGGCUAUAAAGCUAUUGCCGUCCCAUCUGAGGAAGAUAAAAAGAGUCAGAGAUCCCUAUAUGCCAGUUUAGAGGCUGUCGCUGACAUGAAAUUUACAUAUGUUGCUACCUGCCAGAACUAUGGGAAUCAAAAGCGUAGCGGAGACCGCCAUGCAACAGACAUCCUGAAUUUGAUGGUUAACAAUCCCGCACUUCGUGUGGCAUAUAUUGACGAAGUUGAAGAAAGAGAAGGAGGAAAAGUACAGAAAGUUUAUUAUUCUGUAUUGGUCAAAGCUGUGGACAACCUUGACCAAGAAAUAUUUCGAAUUAAACUGCCGGGUCCAGCAAAGUUAGGAGAAGGGAAGCCUGAAAAUCAAAAUCAUGCCAUCAUUUUUACUAGAGGGGAAGCUCUUCAGACUAUCGACAUGAACCAGGAUAAUUACUUGGAAGAAGCUUUAAAAAUGCGUAACCUUUUGGAAGAAUUUAGCGAGGAUCACGGGGUGCGCCGACCCACUAUAUUAGGUGUUCGUGAGCAUAUCUUUACUGGCAGUGUCUCUUCUUUGGGUUGGUUUAUGUCAAAUCAAGAAACAAGCUUUGUCACAAUCGGUCAAAGAGUUCUUGCGAGACCCCUGAAGGUACGAUUCCACUACGGUCAUCCGGAUGUUUUUGAUAGAAUUUUCCAUAUUACCCGUGGAGGAAUUAGCAAGGCAUCUCGUGGCAUCAAUCUGAGCGAGGACAUUUUUGCUGGAUUCAACUCAACGUUACGACGCGGGAAUAUUACUCAUCAUGAAUAUAUCCAAGUUGGAAAGGGUAGAGAUGUUGGGCUUAAUCAAAUCUCACUUUUUGAAGCAAAAGUGGCUUGUGGUAACGGAGAGCAGAUAUUAAGCAGAGAUCUCUACCGGCUAGGGCAUCGUUUUGACUUUUUCCGCAUGCUAUCUUUUUAUUUUACGACGGUUGGAUUUUUUAUCAGCUCAAUGAUUGUGGUUCUCACGUCUUAUGCUUUCCUAUAUGGCAAACUAUACUUGUCAUUGAGUGGAUUUGAGACUGCAAUAGUAAAGUUAGCUAGGAGAAAGGGAGAUGAUGCACUAAAGGCAGCAAUGGCUUCGCAAUCCCUUGUUCAAAUAGGACUUCUAAUGACUUUGCCCAUGGUCAUGGAAAUUGGACUAGAGAGAGGAUUCAGAACUGCUUUGGGUGAUCUCAUAAUAAUGCAGUUGCAGCUAGCACCUGUUUUCUUCACUUUCUCACUAGGGACAAAGAUGCACUAUUUUGGGCGCACUAUCCUGCAUGGAGGGGCAAAAUACAGAGCAACUGGGCGUGGUUUUGUAGUGCGACAUGAGAAGUUUGCGGAAAAUUAUAGGCUGUACUCUAGGAGUCACUUCGUUAAAGGGAUUGAGCUCACAAUAUUGCUCAUAUGUUAUAAGAUUUAUGGAUCAGCAACACCUGAAUCAGCAACAUAUGGCCUUCUCUCAUGGUCAAUGUGGUUUUUGGUUUGUUCUUGGUUGUUUUCUCCUUUCCUUUUUAAUCCAUCAGGAUUUGAGUGGCAAAAGAUAGUUGACGAUUGGGAUGAUUGGAAAAAAUGGAUAAGUAGUCGUGGUGGUAUUGGUGUUCCUUCAAACAAGAGUUGGGAGUCAUGGUGGGAUGAGGAACAGGAGCAUCUGCGGCACACUGGGUUUUUUGGCCGUAUUUGUGAGAUUAUUCUUUCCCUGCGUUUCUUUGUCUAUCAGUAUGGGAUUGUGUAUCAUCUCAAUGUAGCCAGAGGUGACAAGAGCAUCAUGGUUUAUGCUCUGUCCUGGCUAGUGAUAGUGGCUGUCAUGAUUAUCUUGAAGAUUGUGUCCAUGGGUAGAAAGAAGUUUAGCGCAGAUUUCCAGUUGAUGUUUCGUCUUCUCAAAUUGUUUCUGUUUAUUGGAGCCAUUGUCGCUCUGGGCUUAAUGUUUACUCUGCUUAGUCUCACAGUUGGAGACAUCUUUGCGAGCCUCCUAGCCUUUUUGCCAACGGCAUGGGCACUUAUACAGAUAGGACAAGCAUGCAGGCCAUUGGUGAAGGGCAUUGGAAUGUGGAGUUCUGUCAAAGCUUUAGCAAGGGGCUACGAAUACCUGAUGGGAGUGGUUAUCUUUACACCGGUGGCCGUCUUGGCUUGGUUCCCAUUUGUUUCAGAAUUCCAAACUAGGCUGCUAUUCAACCAAGCAUUCAGCCGAGGUCUUCAAAUCCAGCGCAUUCUGGCUGGUGGCAAGAAGCAUAAGCAGGGCUGAACCAAACCCAUCUGAAUCAUUUUGUUACAGACAGAAUAUCAUAUAAGAGUUCUAGCAUACUGAGAAAUUUAAGCAAAAUUAUGUCACAGAGCGCAUACCCCAUAUGAACUGUGUAUGGCUUAUCAAAAUAUCUGUUAGUUCUAACAAUAGCUCUGGGUAAAAAAGGCCGGUUUGUUUAUAUUUGUU